AUGGUUGCUGGUCUUCUUUCUUGGCCACAAGCUGUAUUUGCUUCAAAAGUUGAUAUUAAAGAUAAACAAGCUGAAGUUGUACGUGAAAUUGAUGGUGGUUUAGAAACAAUACGUGUAAAACUACCUGCUGUAAUUACUGCAGAUCUUCGUCUUAAUCAACCACGUUUUGCUAAUCUUCCAUCGAUACAAAAAGCUAAGAAAAAACCCAUGGCAAAAAUGUCACCGAAAGAUUUAGGUGUUGAUAUUAAACCUCAUCUAGAAUAUUUAUCUUAUGAAGAACCACCUAAACGACAAGGUGGUGGUCGAGUAUCAAGUGUUGAUGAACUUAUUAGUAAACUUAAAGAAAAAGGACUUAUUUAG